UUACAGCCAUUCUUUCGAAAAUUGUCGCAGCGAGCAGAGCUCUGGAAAAGCACAAACUAAAAAAAAAAAACUAAAUUCCUCUCAUUGAGUCGUUGUAGUCCGUGUCGAGCAAAUAACUUGGUUUUCGCAUCCGGCAUUCGCGUGUCCGCUCUUGUUCAGAUCAAUACUCCAAGUCCAGGCCCCCAAGUCCAUCUCGAAGACAGACAGACGCAAGUCGCAAGUCAUUUCGCACACGCAUCCAACGCAAAGGGUAAGAAGCAGAGUGAAGCAAAGAUGGUUACCGAACCGAUCGCCGUUGUUGCCAAGUCGAGCAGCACCAAGGAGGUGCAGUGCCAGCACUCUGGCCUCGACGAGCCCAUUCCGGAGCCGACUCCGGGCAUCAUGGUCACUCCGAAGAGCGGUCGCGUUGGCAUCUUCAACGCCGAGGACUUCUUGUCCCGUGCCCAGAUGAACGACAAGAUCAACAACAUCCUUCGCUCGCCGACCAAGGCGUCCAACGGGGUUCGCCAACGCUCCGUUUACACCAACAACCCAUCGCCGCGUGCUCCUAUGCGUUGCGUGCCCUUGUGGUCCGACCCAUUGAGCUCCCGCAUGAGCGCCAUGUCUCUGAGCCCCAGCCACAUGAGGGGCAUGGAGCGUGCCAUUGACCGUGUCAGCAGCAGCAGCAGCCUGGGCCACAGCACCAGCGUGGGCACCAAUACCGCCAUACUGGCCAAGGAGUGCUCCAGCCAGACUAGCCUCAGUGCUCGCCCCUUCAUGCACAUGGGCAUGCAUGCGACUCCCCAGGCUUCGUAUGGCGGACUUCAGUCGCUCGCUGGCAGCUAUGAUAUGGUACCCUUGGAGAUGGAUGCCGUGAAUGUGGCCCGCAAUGGCAAGGCCCUGACAGGACGCUAUAACUCCAACUAUGGCUAUGAUCCUGAGAGCGCUUACUGCAUGCAACCCCAGGGACACCACACCCAACAGUUUCCGUCCCCAAUGCCGCCACCACCUUAUGCUUUGGGUCGCGUCAGCUCGCACAGCUUUGACUUUGACAACAACGCCCCACCGCCGUGUCCCGGCUCUGGACCGAUUGCCAUGUCCAAUGGCACUAUCCAGCUGCGUCUGCGCGAAGGUGUUCGCAUUGAUAUGACUCUGGACAAGGCUGUGCGCGUGCUCAACCAACGCAGCAUGGUGGCAGUGUCCCUUUCGCGCAACUGUAGCAAUUCCGCUUUGAUCCAUCCCAAUGGACGCAUUUUGCAGAGUGGCUCAAAGGUGGAGAUUGUCACCUAUGACGGCAUGAAGGCCAACAACUAUGUACGCUACGCCAAAAUGUGGUACAAGGGCGUUAGUUUCACUAGCGAGUCAUGCGCCCUCAUCUAUCUGGUGGACACAGCCGGUACACGCACCACCACCGACACUUUCACUGACCUGACCAAGGACUACACACUGGCAGUGUUCUACGACGAUUCGCGCCAUGGACCGUCGUUUGUGCCUGAUGCCCACGAGGUAAUCGCCAAUUCGUCCUACAACUGCGCCGAGGACGGCACUGAGGUGUACGACAUCAAUGGAUUCCGUAUCACGCAGGCUGCUGAUGGUCUGGUUAAGGUCACGCGCCAGCACAAGUGCCUGAUUCGCACCAGUCCAGGCAAUGGAUCGGCCACUCUGACCACACCCGGCAUCCAUUGCACCGCCUCGCUGGGCAAGACCUCGCACCUGUUUGUACGUCGCAAUGAGAAACGCAUGCACUUUGAUGGAUCCUGUUUCAUUGUACGCAACGCUGGCCACUCUGCCGGAUUCAACGAGAACAACCUGCUGAUUGUGUACUAAAUUCUGGUCACCACGUGGAAUGUGUCCGCAGCUGCGUGGACCUUCGCGACCCUUCAUCAUACCAACACAGACACCCAACGACACCGACACUUACAUCGACUCAACCGUCGACAUGACACCGUCACCCCAUCAUAGAAUCACACACCAGGCCCUCGACGAGGAGAGGAAUCAGAUCAGGUUAAUAGUAUUAGAAAGAGCUCGAAAAAAGGCGCGUGCAACCGAAAGGAGAAAAGAAAAACCGACCCACGGAGGACAGACCUUCUAUAGUUCUGUCUUCCAGGGCAAUUCUUCGGUAGCUCGGCGUAGGCGCAACGCAACUAUUAGGGAACUAGCUAGCUUUAGAUACCCAUUAUAUUUAACUCUAUCCUCGAUAAUCAUCACCUUUUUACGCAUACCUAUUUCAUAGUGGUAAGUCGGUAGGGCCUCUCUAUUCCUACCGACUCCUUGAAACGCUGGCAAGUUCGAUCAGUGCCAGCGUUUGGUGUUAAAAUCAAAAAAUAAUAAUUCCAAACGCGUUUCACUUGCUUUUCGGCCCAAAACUAUCAAAAUUGCUUCUUAACUAAUUUUAAAAUUUUGCAUUUUAACCGCAACCACCUGGAUGAAAGCACCCUUCAGGAAAAAACACACAAAAAUCGAAAGAAACCCUGACAAUUUGAAAUCGAAAAAAAAUUAUAUAUAUAUCUAAAUUGAACUCCAUAUAAAUGGAGGGUUCAACAAAAAACCCGUGGACGAGUUCAUUGGCGUUACGUUCGGACCACGUAACGCCAGUGUAAACUCAUUUAGUUCUAAGUUAUCAGUUAAGAUCAGUUAACCCAGUUACUGAGGUCCAAAACCGUGUUCUUCUUUUUGCUAUGUCUCCACAAGUUCACACGACACCACCUAACACCCUAACAACCACUAACAUCUAUUAAGCACACGCAGCAAGUGAAACCGUAGUUUUCAGUGUAGAGAAAUCGUCUGAAAAAAAUAAAUUAAAGUGUGCACACUAAGUUCGGUAAAGUACACACUAUACCCUAUACACUACCCUACACACUAGCACAUACAGGCAAUUAAUUAUAGAACCCAAGAAAAGUGAGAAAUUGUGGAAAAGAAAUACGAUUUUUUUUAUAAGUUAGCUUGCAAAACCACACUCGUCCACCACAGGCAUCCGUGCCCAAGAAACCCAAAAACACACAUCAUGAUACACAACCAAGUACUCACUUCUCUGAUUAAGAUCGUCUAGGGCUCAAAGUGUUAAACAUCGCACAGUUAUACGUGCUUAGCCCUUAGACAAUAUCUAUAAACCAAAAUCCUAAAUAAUGUACAACGAAAUUUAUGUGUACAAAAAUCAAAUGGAAAAAAUACAUACGUGAGUCAAAAAUGUAA